AUGCCCCAGAUAAUCCAGAACGACAAGACGACCAGACAGUCGUCCGCGAGCAAAGGUUUUUUUAGACGCAAUCGAGAUACAAAGGCCGAUAGUCGACACGAAGGAAGCGGUAGUCUCGAUUCCUCCCACACGAACGGCUCCUGGGGCUCCCGCCAUUCGAAAAGAGAGUCGGUAGCCUCCAACGAUGGCCAAGAUCCUGAUAACUUAGGUCUGGCCAUGACCGCCGGGGUCAUCACCUCCAUCCCUUACUCUGCCACGACGACGGGUGGGCAAGCACCAGUGACGGUGGAUUACCUUCCUAGAGAUGACCAAGUACCAACCCGAAAAGAGCCACAACCGUACCAACUUGCGAGAGGGUCUGAUUUUCAUCAAUACCCUGCCAUCAAUGGAAUAUCAAACGGGUCAUCACACCCAACUGGGCCCCGACCGCCUCCCCAAGCAACCACUGCAAGUGGUAUUACAAUGGCGUCUAGCCAGGCUGGGGAUCGAGGCACAAAAUAUCAACAAUGGGGACGGCCAGGAAGCAGCAACGGUCCCCAGCACUCCACUUACGACUCGGUAUCAACGAGCGACUCAUACUCUGGGUCGGGACAAAGGAGGUCGUUUGACGGUGCCAGUAUAAAGUCAAGUGCCUCCACAGCCACACGAGGUUCUAGUCUGUUUUCCUCGGACAACUCGUCACGAACUGCAAUGCCUCACCGGCAGGAUUCAGACUCCUCUGUGACCGUAAUUUCUCCUACACAUUCGAGACUUUCAAAGAUCAGUUCACAUUCGGGCUGGCCCACUCAGCAAGCCCCGCCGUUCAGCUCAACUACUUCCUUUACUCCAGCCGGGUUUUACCUUCCGAAACCUCAGAGUGAUGCAGAAAUUGAAAAGUUGUUUCUACAGUUGAUGCACAAACGUGGUUGGCAGAACCUUCCCGAGCAAGCAAGGCGACAGAUGAUGGCAUAUGCACCCGCAAAGAAAUGGACUCUCGUGCAUCAAGACAAAUUGACUGAAUGGCAAGGUGAGCAGAAAAGGAGGCAGCAAGCAAAGCUGACCCCAGAUGGCCCGAUACCUAAGGACGUCGAGGGCACUCCCGAGUGGUAUGUCAAGAGGAUUUUGGACAACAGCAUUACGGCCAAACAGUUACAAAGUCUGAGUGUCAGUCUACGAACCCAGCCCAUCAUUUGGGUUAAGGCGUUCAUCGAAGCACAGGGACAAAUCGCCUUGACUAGUGUCCUCAUGAAGAUAAACCGGCGUCAAGCUAACGGCCCGACGCCCGUCAGUUCUAUUACUUCGACCGACAAGGACUUGGACAGGGAAUAUGACAUUGUCAAGUGUCUAAAGGCGUUGAUGAACAACAAAUACGGUGCUGAUGAUGCUUUGAAGCACGAGCAGAUACCGGUUGCUCUCGCGACGUGUCUCAUUUCUCCCAGGCUUACCACGAGGAAACUGGUUAGCGAAGUUUUGACGUUCCUUUGCCACUGGGACCAAGGCCAAGGCCAUCUAAAGGUGCUGCAAGCCAUGGACUUUGUCAAGAACCAAAUGAGCGAGAACGGACGCUUUGACGCUUGGAUGCGCAUUGUCGAAGUUACCAUAGAUGGCCGGGGCAAAAUGGGCAGCCUGGUUGGGGCAAGCGAAGAAGUCCGGAGUGGUGGCAUCGGUAUGGAAAACCUUCUGAUGGAAUAUGCUGUGGCCACGCUUGUCCUGAUCAACAUGUUGGUGGACGCUCCUGACCGGGACUUGCAAUUACGAUGCCACAUCAGAGCUCAGUUCAUUGCUUGUGGGAUCAAGCGGAUACUGGUGAAGAUGGAGUCUUUCCAGUACGACGUGAUUGAUAAACAGAUCGCGAAGUUCCGUGAAAAUGAGGCGAUCGACUACGAGGAUCUGCUCCAGCGUGAAGGAAGCAGCAUGGUCGAGAGCAUUGAAGGGGAGGUCAAGGAUAUGACGGAUCCGAUGCAAAUCACAGACGCCAUCAUGUCCAAAGUCCACGGCACACGAACCCAAGACUACUUCAUCUCGGCCAUGCAGCACAUGUUGUUACUUAGAGAGAACAAUGCCGACGAACGAUUGAGAAUGUUUCAGCUCGUGGACUCGAUGCUCAGCUACGUGGCCAUGGAUAGGCGGCUGCCAGAUAUGGAUCUCAAGCAGAGCCUGAACUUCACCGUCCAGAGCUUGCUGGAUCGCCUGCAUACCGACGACGAGGCCAGAAUCGCUUUUGAUGAAGCCACCGAGUCGAGGCAAAUCGCCGAAGCUGCCCUUGCCGAAAGGGAUGAAAUGGCUGCUCAGAUAGCCAUGGGUGCUAAUGGCUUGGUCAAGAAGCUGCAGAAGCAGAUCGAAGAACAAGCUGGCAUCAUUGAGAUGCAGUCGAGGCAGGCCGAGUCUCUUAAGUCGGAGGUUGCUGAGCUGCAACGAAUCCGAGCCCAAGAAUUGCAACGCAAUGAGUUAGAGACGCGAGAGCUUUAUCUCAUGCUUCGGGACGCCCAGGAUGUGGCGGCUUCACGAGCUGCCAAAGAAGGCUCUGUUUCUCAAGACCCUGCUCAAUUGGCAGGUAUUCUGGACCGGGAGAAGUUGAUGGAGCGCCUGGAACGCAACCUUGAGCGAACCAAGACACAAUUCAAACUGGAAGGCAAAGUUUGGGGCCAGACAGGGCCUUCCGAUCGACUUAGAGAGCUUCGUGAAAGGAUGGACGACGCAGUUGAUGCCGAUUUCCAGGAGCAGACACGGCGACAUCUCACCAACAGCGUCAUGGGCAGUGUCCAUCGGAGCAAUGCCCAUAAGGGCCCCCGGAGAGCUGCAGUUGAGGCCCUCGCGAUCAGCGAAGAAGCAGAGCAGGAUUCAGAUAUGGAAGAAGAUGUCAUCUUCGAGAAGCCGCGACUUGUCGAGUACAAACGACCCAAGAUCUCCGCCGAGCAACAAAACCAACAGAGCAAUCUUCUUGACGAACUUGCCUCAAAGGUCAAGAAGAUCGACGACGAAAUCGACGAGGUCGCAGGAGAAGGGGACGAUGCUGGUGUUACAACUGGACCAACCCAUCCGAGCCUUGAGUCCGAGUCCCCCAGGACUCCUCUUGACGAGGGACAAGCACAGCAGCCUACAGAGGAGGCCCAAUUCAAUGGGCCUCCUCCUCCGCCGCCUCCUCCACCCCCUCCUUCGUCUGCUUCUUUGAUCGCCGGGUUCGAAACAGGAGCGCCGCCACCUCCACCGCCACCACCACCUCCACCCCUCCCCGGCAUGCCCAUGUCUCCUGCUACGCCAUCCAUGCCAGGCUUCACUGGCGGCCCACCUCCCCCUCCACCGCCUCCUCCUGGUUCUCUACCUAUGAGUCCAUUGUCACCCAUCCCCCCGCCACCCCCUCCCCCCCCGGGUGCUCCAGCUCUACCUGGUGCUCAGCAUGGGCAUUUCUUACCUCAGUCUCCUGUGCUGCCUGUGCCUGUGCUUAAGAAUCCAAUCAUGCGACCGAAGAAGAAACUCAAAGCCUUCCACUGGGACAAAGUUGACACGCCUCAAGUAACUGUUUGGGCAGAGAAUGUGAAUCCUGAGUCCCGGGAAGAGAAGUAUCGCGAAUUGCAGCGCAAGGGUGUCCUUGAUGAGGUUGAGAAACUGUUCAUUGCGAAGGAGAUCAAGAUCAUUGGCGGAGCAGGCAGCAAGGGUAAGAAUGACAAGAAGCAGAUCAUCAGUAGUGACAUGAUGAGGAACUUCCACGUCUCGAUGGCCAAGUUCAAAAAUGAUUCGGCGGAUGAGGUGGUUCGGAAGAUCAUUCAAUGCGACAAGGAGGUCUUGGACAACAACGUGGUUAUGGAUUUCCUUCAAAGAGAAGAUCUUUGCACCAUUCCCGAAAAUAUCGCCAAACUCAUGGCUCCCUACAGCAAAGACUGGACCGGGCCUGACGCCUUGACUUCGAAGCGAGAGCAAGAUCCAUCAGAGUUGACAAGAGAAGAUCAGAUCUACCUCCAGACGGCCUACGAGUUACACCACUACUGGAAAGCUAGAAUGCGUGCGCUGGCUUUGACACGAAGUUACGAGCAAGAAUACGAUGAGAUUUCCGGCAAGCUGAAGGAUGUUGUCAAUGUUUCGGAGGCUAUUCGCGACUCAACUUCUCUCAUGAGCGUCUUGGCCCUCAUUCUUGAUAUCGGAAACUACAUGAACGACUCAAACAAACAAGCCUCUGGCUUUAAACUGAGCUCCCUUGCGCGACUCGGCAUGGUAAAGGAUGACAAGAAUGAAACCACGUUCGCCGACCUCAUUGAACGCAUCGUUCGCAAUCAGUAUUCUCAAUGGGAGGGUUUUGUGGAGGAUAUCGCUGGUGUCAUUACUGCGGCCAAACUCAACGUUGACCAAUUGCGACAAGACGCAAAGAAGUACAUUGACAACAUCAAGAACGUCCAGUCUUCACUAGACGCUGGCAACUUGAGCGACCCUAAGAAGUUCCAUCCUCAAGAUCGUGUUGCACAAGUCGUACAAAGGUCGAUGAAGGAGGCAAGGCGCAAGGCAGAACAACUCCAGCUCUUCCUGGAUGAGGCGUCGAGGACAUACGAUGACAUUAUGACCUAUUUUGGAGAAGAUAAUCAAGACGAAAAUGCCCGCAGAGAGUUCUUCGGGAAACUGAGUGGCUUUGUGACGGAAUGGAAGAAGUCACGCGAGAAAAACAUGGCCAUGGAGGAGAACAAACGACGUCUUGAAGCCAGUUUGGCUCGGAAGAGAGCUCAGGCGAGUGCCACCGCCAGCAGUGCCGCAAGUGGCGCCGAAACACCAGGUAGUCCACCGGCCAACGGUGCUAUGGAAACCUUACUCGAGAAACUUCGAGCUGCGGCACCACAAGUGAAAGACCAACGUGACCGAAGGAGACGGGCGAGGUUAAAGGAGAGAUAUGAUCAAAGAGUCGCCAGCGGCCAGCAACUUCCCGAACUUCAAGUUAAGGACGGCGUGGAAGAGAGUCGCGGUCUUGCUGGUGCGGGAGAGAAAGCCAACGAAGAUAGUCUGAGUACAGAUGGCACCAGCGGCAGAGGGGACGUCAGCGAAAGCGAAGAUGUCGCCGAUCGGGCUCUGAAGGCCCUGCAGGAAAUGAGAAGUUCGGCCCCCUCAACCGGCGACGAGCUCGAUGUGCGUAGGAGGCGUGAGGGAGCCGAUGAAGAACGCAAGGCCCGGCGAAUGAGACGUCGGACUGCACAUCAGAGCACCAGCAGCGUUACCAAGGAGUCUAUAUUAUCGCCGACCGAAACGAAGAUCGAAGAAAAGCGUGGCCAGGACGGAGGCAAUGAUGGUUCCUCUCCUACCGAGGAUAAACGAUCCUCUGGGGGCACUUUGAGCCCCGUGGCCACACAACCCCCACCGGCGAUAAUUGUCAGUCCGACGCCGGAUGACGACGACGAUGAAGAAGCUGGAGUCGAUGCAGAGGACGAGAAAAGGAGGGAAGAGGUUUUGGUUUAG